CUAGUUUCAAGAUGGCGGCCCAAUCGAGCGAAAACGAAUUAGAAUUUCCAUUCAAUACCAGUCGAGAAUUCGAACUGAGACUUGGAAGUAGUUUUCAUUCUAAAGGAGGACCGAAAACGGCCUUUCAUACAAUCAGAUGUGAGCUCACUUAUUUAUCACUUUCCAUUCUUUUUCGUGAAACAAAACCUUUUUUCUCAUGCGCAUUGACAAUUGACUACAUUUUCAAGUUGUGAACGAACAGCUGAAUUCAAUGAUUUUUUUCGUUAACAUAUUCAUUUACACUUUCCUAUUUCGAAGUAAUUUUUUUGUCUUUAUUCCCUAAAUAUUCUGUGGAGUAAUAGUGCGUCGAAAAAUUCUUUAAAACCCUCGGUACAGCUGUAGUUCAACAAUAAGCUCAAUAAACCGAAAAUAUUGUAUUAAAUAGUGAAUGAUUAUGUCUUCCUUGCUGAAAAUCAUGAAUUUUGGCCUUUUUAUCCAUUUCAAACUUUUUAUCAAUAAGUUAUGUAUAACCUAAUUUAUUCAUUUGUGGUUCAGUUAUGCAUUUGACAUUUUACCACAGAUGACUUCAAACCAGCCUCAGUAGACACCUCGAGACCGGCAGAGCUUGUUGUAGGUGACAAAAAUGAGGUCACAGUCACUGUUCCUAAUGUACAGGUAUUAUAUGAAUUCAUCUAAAUGCUUAAAACUUAAUGGCUGCUGUUCAAUCCCUUUAGUAGCCAUCUUUCAAAAGUAAUAUCCCUGAAAAGUUGUAUUUUUCACUAAGAAAAUAGAAGUAACAGGGUAACCAAACAUCCUCUUUGAUUUCGUAAGUACAAACUCUGAAGGAAAAAGUUGAAUAACACAGCCAGCUCUAACUGUGAAAUAUUUUUUAUUCUUAUUAAAAAUAGUGCAUUAUUUUUUUUGUUUGAUUUUCUUGAUUUUAAAUGGUCCAUGUAUGUUUUAAGUUAAAAAAAAAAAAAGAUGUAGCCAAAUCAUUUCUGGCGUCUGUCCCGUCGAUCGUGUCGCCUAAAGUGUCACACAAGCUAUAUGCAGUUGGAGUUUACUGCUCCUGGAAUGGCUCAGAGUUGAUACAGGGGAGGAGAAAGUUGACUUGCUGCAUGCGUAAGGAUAGCUUAGGCGCUGUGUAAACUACAUUGAAAUGGGACAAGAGUCUGAAGACCUUUAGAAGUUUAUGGGUAAUAAUAACUGUAGAUUUUUAUUAUUAUACUAAGCUCAAUUUUUUAAAACUGUUGAAACAUCAUUGACAAGUGUAUUUGAAUUACUUAUUUGUGUCAUCUUACGCAAGGCCUUUUUUUAUAUUGAUAUUCUUGCAUAAUUUUAUAGGAUUCUGGUAACACUGUUUAUCGUGGCUCAAAAAGAAGUUGUACGAAGGAAUUUAUUUUGGUGGUAGAUAAAGAAAAAAAGGUAUAAACCUACAGUAAUUACAUUGUUUUAAUAGAAAUGAUGUCUAUGUAGAAGUUUGUUUUGUUUUUAUUGUGGAGGCCUUGACUUAACAGUUGAUGUGCUGGACUCUGAGUGAAGAGGUUCUUGUUGGAGACCUGGCAAAGUCAAUGUGUUGUGUUUUAUGGGCUGAAGACACUUUACUCUCAUCAUGCCUCUCUUCAAUAGAGUAGAAAAUCAUGCUAGCGAACUGUCAGGGAAAGCUGACCAAAUGUCUGGGGGGUGGUAAAUACUUGCCGGAUCAUCAGGAUCACUUGGCUUGAGAACAGACCUUACCUUAUGCCUGCCUACCUUGUUUUCAAUAGGCAAUGUGAUAAUGAGCAAAAUUUUUGAUGUAAUCUCUACUAAGUGGUAGUUCUAUAGAAUGAUGUAGCUCCUGUAUCAAUUUCCUUCAGACAUUUACACUGGAGAGAAUUGAGUCUACUGUUCCUCAGCUCAAGAAAGUUAGGUAAGCUUAAAGCUUUAAUAUAUUUUGAUAUAUGUCUUUGAUGUUUUUUUAAUUUAAAUUUAACUAUGAUGAACACACACUGCUCAGUUUUCGUGUUAUUAUAAUCAUGGUAGUUCCAUUUUAUUCUUCUUUUAGGUUCUGUUUUAUAUUUGUUAUCAUCCAUCACACUCAGAAGGCUCCUUAACCUUUAACUCCUAAGAUCUGCAUAUGAAUUCUCCCCUCUAGCUGCUACACAUUUCCUUGUUUGUGUUACCCUUUUGCUGGAUAUUAUAGAGAGAAAUAAUAUGUUAAUCACUUCUGGGAGUUGAAGGGUUAAAUGCAUAUUAUGAUAUAAAAAUACUACAAUAGCUUAUUAAUAAAAGUAGGUAAUUACAAACUUUUCAAGGGUUAAAAGUCAAAUCCUGCCAUCAUCAAUUGUUGGUUACAGAUCAAUCCUCAAGACAGCUGUAGUUAGAAUUCUUCUGGAUGGUUGAUUCCUCAGAUCCAAGGGCAAAUAAUCUGACAAGAUGAAGAUGAAACUCUGUUUUCAGCUGGAUAUGAAAGUUUCUGAAGUACAGGCCAACUUUCAUAUCCAGCCAAACCCCUGUUUUAUCUUUAUCUUGACGGAUUUUUAUCCCCUGGGUCUCUGAGUACAUGUAUAGUUCCAUUGAAAUAAAUUAUUUUUUUUAACAUGUGGAUGCUUCGUUAUUGUAAGGUCAUCAAAUCAGUCAAAUAAACCUGUGAAGCUUCCUGUUACUCCGUCAACUGCAACUCUCACAAAAACACAGAAAAACAAGACCAAGAAUAAAAAGAAACCAGUGGAACAAAAAACAACUAAACAGUCUGUGUCUCCUGCCAAGAAUACCAGCAUACCUGCCCCCUCUAGCUCACAGGUAACAGGUUUUGCUUGUAGCCUGAGGUACAUUAUCAUUUGCUGAAAUUAUAUUCUGGAAAAAUAAAAAAAAUUAAUUUGUGCUUCAAGAAUAUUUCUGUGUCAAAUUCACCGCAUAAAGUUAUUUUUACUUAAUUUUUUUGCUUGAUUUUUGGUGAUUAUUUUUCACUUGGUUGUCAGACUAAAAUGGGAAAAAUCAACUGCUUGUGACACACCUAUUGUGAGUAGUGUAAUGUUGGUUAGAUUUUAUUGCCAGUUCAUGUAGUUGGUUGCUGCAUGGCGUUCAAGGUUUCUGUUAAUUUGAAUUAUUUUAUAUUAAUUUAGACUUAUUUAAUACAUCCAACGAACACUUGUGUCUGUUAUAUAAUUGUUGGAUAUGAAAUUGUUUGAUUGCAUUGGAGGGAUCAUUUACCCUUAAACUUUAAGUGUGACUAGUAUAUAAUUGCUCUUUAUUUAAUAAUAUCACCCCUGAAUCACACAUUAAUGUCACAAGAUGGAUGGAAAAGAUCACCAACAUAAGAAGCUCCUGAUUGUUAAGCAAACUCUCCAUGUCGGCACCUUAGGGAAUGUGUUGAGACUAGUGUGGAGAGUAUGAAUACUGAUGCUUGGGCGUAAAGGGUCAAUGUUCUUUUUUUUCUUUUAUUUGUUUCUUUUAUAUUUAUCUUUUCUUGCAAUACUAUUUAUUUAAUUUUUAAUUAUUUUUUGUUUCGUUUUUUCUGGUCAUUUUGCUAAGGAGGUGAAUACCAUACCAGAAGAAGUACCAUUACCGGCUGAAACAGAAUCUGGUUCUUCGUCUUCCAGUGAUAGUUCAGAUGUGGAAAAAGAUGGAAAUGAGGAUGAUGACGAGUUUGAUGACAAAGAUGUUGAAAAACUGAACAGUCUUGUCACCAGUGUAAGUUUGAUACUCUUGUUCAUCAAAUAUUCAUUGUUGAAAUAUUUUGAUCAUCAUUAUUAAGUAAAUGAUUGUUUUAUUCUUGGAAGAAUAUUGUAUUUCAGGUUUUAUCUUUCUUACCUCUUAUCCUGGGGGCAUGGUUUCCUUAAUUUUUUUUUUUUUCGGUACUUUACAUGUCUGUAUUCAUUUAAUGAGUCAUGCAAUUUUCAUGCUUGUUUAUUCAUUUGUUUUUGCAUCAUUUGAUCCGGUGUAGACUUUUUUGGUUUGCUCUUUUGUUUGAUAAUAGCUCAGAUUAUGAUUAGUUAAAGUUUAGUUUUGAAUUUAUCAUGAAUUAAACAAUUAUUAAUUAGCCAUCUAAAAUAAGUCAUGAGUCAUGAACCUUCCAUUUUCUCUUGCAAUCUUCCUCAACUAGAUGGAUGAAAAAGAGUUUGCAACAAAGAAGGAAGGUUUUAACACACUCUGUAAGUAUUUUUAAAUUAUUUUUAUUGCAUAAUCAAGUGAUCCUUUUUUAAGCUUGCAUAGGAACUGAGGUACCGGUACUGGCAUGCAUUUUACUUAUUUGCUAUUUUUACUUGAUUUGAUGUAUUUUUCUCUAUUGGUUAUUUAUUUAUUUUGUUCUUUUUUGGGAUAUUUUUGGUGGAAAGGGUUGGAAAGGGGAAGCACAAAACAAUGGAUUUAUUACAUUACAACAGCAUGACCAACACAGUGAAACAACAUGAAUGAGAUAUGAAACUUGUGGUGUAAUGAUUCAUAUUCCUUGCAAUUCAAUUCAAUUUUGAUUAUUGCCUUUUGAUUUCAAUUAUUAAAAUUCGAUUAUGCAAAAUCCUAAUUUUUAUUUAAUUCUUAUAACAUGAUACACAAUGUUAACAACAUACAACCGUAUACCCUUAAUUUGAAGAUACACCAUACAAACCUGAGGUAACCUAAUCACACUGAAACAAUUAUUUUAAUGGUAAGCGGGGGAUGUUAAAUAACCCAUGCACUUCUUGUAAAGGGAAGUGAAUGUAGCUCCUGGUUUUGUGAUCUGAUCAUUUUUCCAAAGUUCACAAAUUGGGUGCAUCUCCCAAAUUUCUUGUGGAAAGAAAAGUAAACUGCUCAAUGUGGUCUGGCUUAGGUCCUCUGUAAAGUGUUGUAAAGUGCAUUAGAGCUUAUCGAUAUUGAGAGUGUGCCAUCUGCUGGUAAAAACAUAAUUAUCAUCACUAUCAUUCUAAUUUUUUAUCUGGUUUUAAUAAUCACAAUCGACGACACUAGGAGCAGGCAUUUCAUUUGUUCAGUGUUAUGUUACACGAUAUGCAGCAGGUGUAACAAAGUCGGAAAGAUAUAGAAAAACCUGCUUGGAAUUAAACUAACAAAUUACACAAAAAAUUAAUUUUUUCUGACUUCGUCUACUAUCUUAUUAUUUGGUGUAUAUUUUCUUGAGUUAUUAUCAAGACGUUGCAAAAUGUAAAAUAAGUUCGCUAGCCUGUGAGUAGACCCUCCUUUUAAGUGCUUCGGUGCCUCCUUCAUCCAUUUUUAUGGGUUUGAUUUGUUUGCUCCAAAAAAAACAAACAAACAAUAUAUAACAACAAACCAAAUUAAAUAGAAAUUAAUCAAUCGUGUUAAUCGUAGCCGUUUUGCUUCAUUGAUGAUGUCAGAACUUAUGAGUCCUCUUUGUUCCAUUGCUUUGAAAACCUUUAAUCCGAUCCAAGCAUCCAGAGCAGCGUAUUCAAUCUGCUCCAAGGUCAGCGGAAAGUUUUCCCAGUUGCUUCUUGUCACCCGCUUACUCUUUGCAAGUGUGAUACCAAGAAAACGUUCCGCCAAUGCCUUUAAUCCAAUUUUUUGCGUAGAUGAGGAAUGAGACUUUGCCACGUCUUGUGUAUCGACGAUUCCAUGGCACACCAAGCCUCGAUCUCUUCUGAGCUUAGACACAUCUUGCUUUAUAGCACUACCGACUUUCAAGACUGUGGCGUCUUUUAGAAUUGAGACAAGCAGAUUUGGCAAUUUACUCAUGUGAUGAAGGUGCAGCACUAAGCAGGAUGUGUCGACUCCCAGUUGAAGAACGGCAGUCUUGUUCUCGAUGCCUCCACGCUUCUUGCUUACGAACUGAGGCUUCCACUCCAUGUCGAAGCCAACGGCUGAAGCUGAACAAUCUGUGAUGUGUGUUCUCAACCAGGUCUCAGCUUCGUGUACGUUUUUUGUGUAAACGACCUCGACUCCUGCAGCUUCGGCAGGUUGUGUUAGCUCAUGUUUUGUUGUUUCCACACGAGAGAACUGCUCGGUGGAUGGAUCAGGAAGAUGUGUUUUUUUUCGCGGCUGCUCGGUAACCUGUAGGCUUCGCCGUGAGAUAACGGUGUGCGGGAAGCUGCCAACACACUUGGUGUGGCUGGUGUCUCCCUGUAUCUGACGAUGCCUUGUUUGUGUAGUCAUACCAAGGUCCUUGCUAUCCGCCAUUUUGGUUGCUAAGAAACUAGUUACAAAUGCGCUUGUAGUAAGGUGAAACACAUGUGCCCCUAAUUCUAGCACAAUUUGUUCAUCACGCGUUGUUUGAGCAGGCCGAAGGCUCAGGUCGCAAAGGAGGCAGGGUUACUAAGCUAGUUUUCAACGAUUGUUUGUUGUGGUGAGCGUGAAUAGGGUCGUUAGAAACUUUUGGAAGAAAACUGCGGCUUAGCGUCGGUUUCAAUUGGAAAAUUGAGUUGGUAGUGAAUUGAAAUGAAACUACAGUAUGUGUGCUUGGAUUCUGCGUUGGAUUUGUGGCCGCCCGGCCGGGACAUAGCGGGGCAUUUGACAAGCGCUCACUUCUAAUGUUACAAAGUGCCCCACACCCCAAGGUCAGGUUUUUCCUCUAAUUGAAGCUAACGACCCCGCUCACAUCUCCCGCUCUUGUUGAGUGGAAGGCACAGGCUAAUGUAAAUGGUUUAAACUUUAUUUGUCACUUCUUUCAACAGCAUUUGCAAGUCUAGACUUCCCUCUUCAGAGAUACACAUCACGUGUCUCCUCUCGCCAAACUCGACAAGCACCCACACAAAAUUUGCAUCAAUGAACAACAGUUUUGUAGCACUAUCACGAACAAUACAAGACUUUAAUUCAGACCUAUCCGUGUACAGACCUAUCCAUGUACAAAGUAUUUUUUUAAAUAUGCACAAGAAGAUAAUAUAAACACCUGAUGACAUGCUUGAUCGGUCAAGUGAUUCUCAGAAUAACUUACGAGUAAAAAUUGUGACAAAAGAUCUUUGUUCACAAAACAAUCAAUUAUAUUUAUGUGACGGCAUACUCAGCCGAAGAUAUGAGGUGAUUGAGAUAAAACGACUCUUACCUACUUUUCAUGGCCAAAAGCCGCCAUCUUGCCGGACUAGCGAUUCUUGACCUAGUCCACCUCGGUGGAAAAUACCCCGGUCCACUCCCCCGCUGUUCUUGGAUGACGUGCAAAAGAGGUCAAAGUCCCCGAUACCUGCGGCCCUUUCGCUCGUCAAAUAACGGAAAAUUCCCCACAAAUGUCCCGCUGUGUCCCGGCGAGGGGGGGGGGUGCGGGGGUUUACAUUGACUGGUGCAUAGCUUCUCCCAAUAGUAUCCACACGUUAUCCAGCAAACAGGUAAUGAGAUUACUCAAACUUAUCGGGUACAAGAUUUGAUCUUGAUUGAACACCAAAUUCUCGUAAUCAAUUCACAAGGAAAUGUGUAGCAGCUAGAGGAGAGAAUUAGCAAUCAGAUCAUGGAAGUUAAAGGGUUAAGAGCGGUUGUAAAUGUUCCCCGCAUACAAACUCUUAUAAUUUCGCCAUGACUCCUAUUCCACAAGAUGAUCAUCUCACAGCUGGAGCUUAGGCUGCCUGUGGGUGAAAGUGUGAAAGUAGGAGUGGUUCUUUGUGUAGUUUUCGGCUCUGGCGGCAGAAGUGAUCACGACAAAGAGAUUGGAUAUUAUUGAAUACCAUCAGUUAUAAAAAAUAAGUCUGCCUUCGAAGAGGAGACAACAACAACAGAGAGGAAAGAAAAGUGGAUACAAGCGAAGAGUAAAAGUGAUGCCUGGGCAAAAUGAGGUUCUCAAGAGCAAACAGGUAUGCUGCAAGCAUUUUGUCUCUAGAAAGCCAUCUCCUUACUGGCACAAGCAUGAUGUAGAUUGGGUGCCAACUUUAGAGCCCGGAAAGAAAAGUUAUGGCCGUGAGGUAGACUAAAGCAAAAGCAAAGAGGCAAGAAAGAGCAAAGAAAAGAGAGAAACAUGCUAUUGAGCAACAGGAACGUGAAUAGCUAAGUACCAAGUACCUCCACAGAAGAGGGAAAAACUGUAGAAGAAGGAAAUAAACAUUCCAUUUCUGAUGAUCUUGCGACAUGUGAUGAAGGCAGUGAAAGGACUGGGCAAUGUUUUUUUGAAAUGCUGUAUGACUUUCAGACGCGCCUUUUCUGCCAGCAUGAUGGCUAAAAAAUCUCGACCCACUAGUUUGAUCCCUUAUGUUGAGUAUUACUUUGUUUAUGUUUUCAUCAGAAUUAUCCAAUGUCUUUUCAAUACAUUUUGAUAGUAGUUUUGGAUAAUCAAGAUCAACAUUUCCCGCAUCAAAUAGGUCGGUAACAAUCGGCAGUGAGUGGCUUUCAUCGAUAAACUGGUCAGCAUAGAGAUCGAUAAAGCUAAGAGCAGCAGCUUUAAUUUUCUAGGUAUUUAGCUUCGCGUACACAGCCUGCAUUUCAUCUUCUGAUGGAGACGCGACGGGCGAAGUUUGAUCGCCUUUUCCGCUGAGCCUUUCUGCUGUUCCCCGAAUUUGGAUGUAGUGAGUCGAUUCUUUGGUCCAGCGUCUUUUUUAAGCUUUUUCGCAGACGAAAAGUCGAUAUCCUUCACCUUCGAGUGCGGCACUUCUGUAACAUAAGUUGGGAGAAUCCACGUGCAGUUGGUUUGAGUACAUGCGAGUUUCUCUUGGAUUCUUGUCCCUGCUUCGAUAAAGAAUAGUACACCCGCUACGUCUGAGCGGGAUUCGGCAAGGCCUGCCUUGCAGCUUAAACGAGAUUUCAAAUCCCGGACAGGCCUGAAUCUUUUUCAGGCCUUAUUUUCACUACUGCUCAAAUAGUGUUCAUUACUGGGAAGAUUGCUUUCAUAUUCACAUAUUUAUUUGCAUGAAAUUUCACGGCUGAGAUGGGCACCAACAUGGCGGCCCUUAAUUUGCAUAAAUGUAUGACGUCAGCUGCAUACCGAGAAUAUGCACUUGUAUCUCUGCGGAAAUUCCCAUCAACGUUUUGCGUCCCAACUCCAUGAAGUUGAGGGAACUGGCGUUAAAACGCGAAAUGUGGUACGAAGCUUAGAUCUGUGCAAAUAAGUUGUUUCGGUUCUCCGUUUUGACAGAGCGAUCCGUUUGAUUCGCUCUUGAUGGGUAUCGAAGUCACUUCACAAGUUGUCCGGAGUUGGCCGCUUCCUCGCUCGCCUUAAAAAAUACGAAGAAGACAUUACUGAUAGGCAGAUUCAGUGAUCGACUCAGAUCUCAGAUGCAGUUUUUUUGCCGGAUAAGGUGAGGAUAACUCUUCUCUAGGCGCGGAAUCUAUUCAAAAUGUUGCUUUAGCGAGCAAUAUUCAUACAACAGAACGGUACUCUCGGAAGCUAGUUUGUGAGACUUGACUCCUCCUUCGAAAUUCGGACGUGAUGUACAACAGGCGAUUUUCAUAAAUAUUCGACUAAGACACUGGUGAAUGCUUAUUAUCUGAGUUGAAGGGGAAUACUUAGUUGAAGAGGACGCUGAUUUCUUCUGAUUGGUCGAGAGCAUGUAGUCAAUUUGUGAAAGGGGCUCCGAGUUACUCAACUCGGAAAAUGUAGUUUUCACCUUAAACACGCGAUUUUUCAUACAAAGAACUGAUUUUUACAGUUCACCUUUGGAGUGACUAAAAAAUUAUCAAGUUCAGGCACAAACCGCUUCGAUUGUCUACGAUGUGAUGCAAAACAAGAAACGUAGGAGCGGUUAAAGUUUAUUGACAGACUGAUUAAAUUCAACUAUCUUAUGUAAAUAGUGGCAGCUCGAUCGAUCAGUAACACUUCAACUGACGAAAAUGAGCAUGUGCUUUUCUGAGAUAAAAUAAAGCUCGUUUAAUUCACUGCCUCAUAUCUUUAUUUUCUAUCAGUCAAAAAACACUUCUCUCUCAAAAUGUGUUCUGAAGUAUUUUGUUCCGAGGUAAAAUACUGAUCUUGGUUUAUUAUCAUAUGCAAGUUCACAUAUGAUCGGCGCGUUACAAAUGCAAAUUUUAUUGAGCGCCGUAACUCUAGGAAACCAUGGAUUUAUUACAUUACAACAGCAUGACCAACACAAUGAAAAACUUGAAUAAGACAUAGUUAGUAGAGGAGACUACUAACUAUGAAUAAGACAUGAAACUUGUGGUGUAAUAAUCCAUAUUCCUUGCGAUUCGAUUGAAUUUCGAUUAUUGCCUUUCGAUUUCGACUAUUUCAAUUCGAUUGUGCGAAAUAUUAAUGUUCCUGUAAUUCUUACAACAGGAUACGCAGAGAAAUAAGCAUACGACCCUAAACUCUUAAUUUGAGGAUACACUGUACUAUACUGAUGUAAAUUAAUCACACUGAAACAGUUAUUGUAAUGGUAAGAACGGGAUGUUAAAGAAAGCUAACUUUGCAAAGCAUCACCGUUCUCUAUGGGUCACAAGUUUUUUGUUGAGUGGUUUAUGUUGUCUUUUUCUGCUCGUGUGCAUGGUGGACUUUUUGCUUCAUCAAUGAUGUCAGAACUUAUGAGCCCUUACUUUGUUCGAUUGCGUUGAAGACUUUUAAUCCGAGCCAAGCAUCCAGAGCAGCGUAUUCGAUCUGCCUUAAGGUCAGCGGGAAGUUUUCCCAAUUGCUUGUUGACACCCGCUUGCUCUUCGCAAGUGUGAUGCCAAGGAAACGUUCCGCCAAUGCCUUUAAUCCUACUUUUUGCGUAGACGAGGGAUCGAGAGACUUUGCCACGUCUUGUGUAUCGACGAUUCCAUAGCACACCAAGCCUCGAUCUCUUCUGAGCUUAGACAUAUCUUGCUUUAUACCACUACCGACUUUCAAGACUGUGGCGUCUUAUAGAAUUGAGACAAGUAGAUUUGGCAAUUUACUCAUGUGAUGAAUGUGCAGGACUAGGCAGGAUGUGUCAACUCCCAGUUGAAGAACGGCAGUCUUGUUCUCGGUGCCUCCACGCUUCUUGCUUACGAACUGAGGCUUCCACUCGAUGUCGAAGCCAACGGCUGAAGCUGAACAAUCUGUGAUGUGUGUUCUCAACCAGGUCUCAGCUUCGAAUAUGUUUUUUGUGUAAACAAUCUCGACUCCUUCAGCCACGGUAGGUUGUGUAAGCUUAUGUUUGGUUGUUUCUUUUGUCAUGGGAGAGAACUGCUUGUUGGAUGGAUCAGAAGGAUGUGUUCUUUUUGCGGCAGCUUUGUAACCUGCGCGCUUCGGUGUGAGAUAUCGGUGUGCGGGCGGCUGUGCACGCGCUUGGUGUGGCUGGUGUCCUCCAGUAUGUGACGAUUCCCUGUUUGUGAGUUCAAACCAAGGACUUUUUCCUUGUAUUUCCUUGUAUUUGACUUCGUGUGCCUGCUCUGUCCUUGAAGAUUCCAUGUAACAUGCACUUGUAUCUCUUCGCGGAAAUCCCGAUCGACGUUCUGCGUCCCAACUCCAUGGCUGGUUUUUUCCAUAAUCUGACGGUGACCAGUUUGUGUAGUCAUACGAAGGACUUUUUCCUUGUAUUUGGUAUCUAUCUCCGUCGUGUGCCUGCAUUGAUCUUGAAAAUUCCAUGUAAUAUGCACUUAUAUCUCUGCGCGGAAAUUCCGAUUGACUUUCUGUGUCCCAACUCCAUGAUGUUGAGGGAACUGGCGUUAAAACUCGAAAUGCGGUACUGGGCUUAGAUCUGUGCAAAUAAGUUGGUUUGUUUGUCCGUAUUGACGGAGCGAUCCUUUUGAUUUCCUCUUGGUGGGUAUCAAAGUUCUCCGGAGCUGGCCGAAGACAUUGAAGAAUGAAUGAAGACAUUGCUGACUAGCAGAUAAAGCGAUGGACUCUGAUCUCAGAUGCAGUUUUUUGCCGGAUAAGGUGAGGAUAAGUCUUCUCCAGGCGCAGAAUCUAUUCGAAAUGUUGCUUUAACGAGAACGGUAUUCUUGGAAGCUAGUCUGUGAAACUUGAUACGUCUUUCCAACCCGUUUCAAUAUUAUUUUUCUUUCUGCCUCGUGACACCCACGUGAUGUGCAACAGGCGAUUUUCAUAAAUAUCUGUCAAAGACACUGGUGUUUGCUUAUUAUCUGAGUCGAAGGGGAGCACCUAUCUGAAAAGUCUGAAGAAGGUGUUAAUUUUUUGUUUGUUUCAGUUGUUUCAGUUGUUGCCAUUUUUCAUGCUAGGAGCUGAUUUUUACAGUUCACCUUUAGAGUGACCCAAAAAUUAUCAAGUUCGGGCACAAAUCGCGUCGACUGUCUACGAUCAGAUAUAAAAACAAGAAGCGUGGGAACAGUAAAAGUUCAUUGGCUGACUGAUUAAAUUCAAUUAUCUUUGGUAAACAGUGGCGGCUAGAUAGAUUGGUAUCACUUUUAUGAAAGAAAAUGAUCAUGUGCAUUUCUGAGAUAAAACUAGACCCUGUGAGCAGGGUAACUGGGAGACCUGGAUGGUACUGGAUCCUUAGAAUCAAGUGUAGUGAUACUACGGGUGUCGGACUAGUAUACUGAAAUAGUGCGCUCAAGUCUGGCCAAGGGCAUACACCAAUUUCAAAACAUAGGCAUGCUAUGCAUGCAAGAAUUACUUUUUUGUGCGGUGGGUGGAUUACUUGAAACAUUGUGAGUGAUGUCUGCAUUCUUACAAAAGGAGAGAAGAAUAUUAAUGUGGGAAAGAACGAAAAUGUCGAAUUACCUCACUCACAGGUAUUUUGUGGUGGAUUAUUUGUGUUUCGCGAAUAAAUGUAACCAAAAAUUAACUGUAUUGGUGCCACGGAUACCUGUUAGUACAUAAUGCAGACAGCAGACUGCAGACCUACUACAAAGUAUUAGUAAUAAUAAUGCAAAGUGGGUACAAAAUGCAGACUAAGACUAUGAAGAGUUUUUACGUCUAGUAUAUAAUAACAUGUCAUCUUACAGCUUACCGAGCGUCACGCAAUCGUUUUUCUGCGAUCCGCCUUCACGAUUAUUUGCACUAUUGUGAGAUAUUCCUGGCCCAUUUCUUGAUGAAAAUCGAUCGCAAUAUUAUUUCAAGCCUUCAAUAUAGUCUUCUUAAUUUGCGCGCGAGUUGGUUGGUGUGAUGUCUGUACAGAUUUUACCAACGUAAUAAAAGUAGAUGACGUGAAUAACAGUGAUGGUAGAGCAAGCUUAAAACGGUAGUAAUCGCCAGAAAAUACAACGGAUACACAGGGUAUGAGUAAGUUUUAUUGAUUUUACGAGAAAAAUGUUCAUAUUUCGAAAUAUGUAUCGUUGUAAAUCGAUCAUACUUCACAACGCGUGACGCGUUCAUGAAUUAAUCGUUGGCUUUUUCUCGAGACGUGACCUUGGGCUGCCUGUGACAAGACAAUUGCGUAAACAAUAUUUAACAUAAUAUCAUUAUACACAAAAAAACACAGGGUUUUGGAUCACGUAUAUAUUAAAAAAGAAUAUCCAUACAACUACAAUGAAAACAAACAUAAGAUUCAUAAGAUUCGUGAAAUUAAUACCAUUCGUACUGUUGUCGUGGCCACGUUCCUUACCAUCAAGUGAAUCCAACAUGUCGUCUUUCUUCACAAGCAGUUUGCAUCCAUUAUAGUUAUGUUCUUCAGUCUCACGGUAGUAGUGUUGUUCAAUAGAUUGCAUAGAGUAUAUGCAGUUUGGUUUCAGAUUUCAGAUUUUGCUUUUUACAACAAUUGAACGUUUUUCAACUAAGACAUUGGCAUACUUAGCAUACAAGGCAUUCAAGGCUUUCAUGGCUUUCAAGCGUUCGCGACUCAAUCUGUUCCAAAAUUACCGCUCAAUAACAUCUUUCAGUGUGGAUUAGCCGCGAUUAAUACGACUUGUACAUGCGUCUGUAAGUAUUUUGCGCGUUUGCGCCAUAAUGCUCCAGGAGAUCGCAAUCCAAAUACGUUGAAAUACAAAAUAAAUUACCAGAGUUUUAUAAGCAAAAUCUCGUGAUUCGUCCCUGUCUGACCUGGCCAAUCAUCAUCAAGAUAACGCGUGUCAGCAUGACAACACUCAAUCACAUCAUCAAGGGAUAACACGCGUGAUCAGCAUGUGAACACCUCAUUGGAUCACAGUUAGUUGUCAUGGUGUUGAGGGCCCAAUGACCUUUGGGUAUUCGUGGGAGUUAAAUCGCUAAAGUUAUAUUUGGGAAAAUGGUUUGUUUUUGUUACUGGUAUCCCAGUCAUCAUAGUUUUUACUACUCUUAUCAUCACUCAUUCUAUAAUCUUUUGGAAAUUGCACGAUAUGUUGAUUAGUCUCAAUUUGAUUGACAUUUUAUAUGUUGUUAUUGCUUUAUCUUAUAAACUAUAGAAAUUAACGGUUUAAUAUCGACUAACGUUGUAUUGGAAUCGUAAAAUCAAUUGAAUUAAAGGUCUUACAUCCUGGUGAAAGUUUCUUAUAGUCAGGUCUUAUUUCAUUAUCCCAAAACAGGCUGGUUUCCACCACCAACAACAACAACUAAGGUCUUACAUCCUUGUAUUUAAUCGUAAUCAGAUGAACAAAAACAAAAUAAUUAGGAAAACAAAAUAGGAACACCAAUGGAAUUGGACACAGAAUGGCUCUCGUCUCUUGUGAUCCAGUAGAAACUUGAUUGUUGGCCAGAAGUCACAAGGACCUGGAGAUCUUGAGACUUGGCCCUGUUAUUCGUUGUUUCUUCCGAACUGGCGUUCCAGCUGAUAAUUCUUUCGCGCUCUUACGAAUACGACUCCGACUCCGACUCCGACUCCGUUGAUAGCGAAAACUGGUUCGCCUGUUUGAAAAGAUUGAUUGUUUGUUUGUUUUUUUUUUAACAGGCGAAGAUCUUCAGCUGAGUGAGUCUGGGAGCGAUAGUGAUUGACAAGGCGAUUCAGCGGUGUCUAUCUAAUAGGAUUCAUAGGAUAUUUUAAUAUAAUUUUGACAAGAACGUUUCCGCCUUGUGGACGUCAAUCAGUGGCGGAUUUUUCACCUACUGACUCUGUAAGAAUAUCGAGGGGAUGGUUUUUGGAAACAAUUAUCAGGUAGUUUUAUCCGUAAUAUUCAGCGAUAGUUCUCGUUUCUGAUGGUUCUUCCGUUUCAAAGUUCUCUACAGGGUCUUGACACAGAACGAUUUAAAAACGAAAAAAUACCCGUUUCUUUACAACGGCGAUUUGAAUUUAGGGCGUAAAAUCAUUUAUUCAGUCAUGAAUAUCUUAACAGACAGCUAACUGAAUAUUGAUAACCAAUGAGCGCUCGAAAAAAUUCUUGCUCAUAAUUCAUAGAGGGUGCCAUCUUUAUUCCAAAAAUUCUGCACCGUUUCUUGUCUAUUCCUCAAUUAAUCAAUCAAUCAAUCACGCCACAAACACAGUCAGACGUAAUGUGUCGUACUUGUGACUAUUCUGAAACAGGUUUAUCCCUCAAACAACAAUAUUGCAAAAUAGAACAAUAAUCACCCUACUUCCAUAUUCUAUACCCUUUACUGUGCUGGCCCUCACUACCGCGCCACAACCUUACAUGCCCCUUCGAAAGUUGGUCCAUUAACUCCCAAGAUCUGAUUGUUAAUUCUCCCCUCUAACUGCUACACAUUUCCUCGUGAAUUAGUUAUGAGAAUUUAAUGGUAGAUCAAGAACUUCAACCUGAUAAGUUUAAAUAUUCUCAUAAUAUAAAGAGAAGUUGCAUGUUUAUUAAUUAAAUGAGAGUCAAGGGGUUCAAAGACUCUUGUACUUUGACCCGCUUUGCUUUUGCAGCGCACACAUACUCUUCAGUCAACAUUUUUUUUUUUCGAAUACAGCUGUAAAAAAUGUAUUUAAGCAUUAAGGAGCAGUACACGGACCUCACUUUAGUGAACGACGCGGACUGGGCUUCGUUUUCAGACUGUUU